AUGGUCCUCGAGUCGGUCAAGUUUCUUGGCUCCACUUUAACGUGGACACUACGUGCGGGCUGUGUGGCCCACCUUAUCCAUGAAUAUGUAUAUGAGUUUACAGAAACGAGAGGAGAGUCAAUGCUUCCUACGCUUCAAUCUCAUGCAGAUUAUGUUCACGUUUUGAAGAAAUAUAAAUUGGGCCGUAAUAUAGACAUUGGUGAUUGUGUUGUGGCCACCAAACCCAGCGACCCUGAUCACCGAGUAUGCAAGCGAAUAACAGGAAUGCCUGGAGAUGUCAUUUUGGUCGACCCUUCGUCGUCAUCGGAAUUGACAAAUUCGGCUGGGGAGAGCGCUGCUCAUAAUGGGUUCAACAAGUAUAUAAGAGUUCCUGAUGGCCAUGUAUGGGUUACCGGCGACAACUUGUGCCAUUCUUUGGACUCUCGGUCGUAUUCGGUGUUACCCAUGGGACUAAUUCGAGGGAAAAUAGUCGCUGCCAAUUCGAUGGAUCGAGGGUUUACUAGCCCAGAAGGCAAGUGGUGGUUUUGGAACUUUCGCAAAAUCACCAAUAGCUUUAUUGAAGAGUAA